CUGCUCAUGCAGAUGCCGGAGGAGGAGGCGUUCUGCGUCUUCGUGCGCCUGAUGCAGGAGUAUCGGCUCCGCGAGCUCUUCAAGCCCAGCAUGGCCCAGCUGGGGCUCUGCAUCUACCAGUUCGAGUUCCUGCUCCAGGAGCAGCUGCCGGAGCUGAGCGGGCACUUCCGCGCCCAGAGCUUCCUGACCUCCAUGUACGCGUCCUCCUGGUUCCUCACCCUCUUCCUCACCACCUUCCCCCUGCCCGUGGCCACGCGCGUCUUCGACGUCUUCAUGGACGAGGGGCUGGAGGUCGUGUUCCGUGUGGGGCUGGCGCUGCUGCAGCUCAACCAGGCCGAGCUGGUCCAGCUGGACAUGGAGGGCAUGUCCCAGGUACCGGGGGGCUUCUGGG